AGAGGCUAAGAAACGAUACACCCGGAAGUGUCUUAGGCAAGCUGGAGGCGCGCCGCCGGAGGCCUCACCGCUAUGGGCCGUAACAAGAAGAAGCGAGAUGGCGACGACCGGCGGCCGCGGCUUGUUCUCAGUUUCGACGAAGAGAAGCGGCGGGAGUACCUGACUGGCUUCCAUAAGAGGAAGAUAGAGCGGAAGAAGGCAGCCAUUGAGGAGAUCAAGCAUCGGCUCAAGGAGGAGCAAAAGAAGCUCCGGGAGGAGCGCCAUCAGGAAUACUUGAAGAUGCUGGCAGAGAGAGAGGAGGCUCUGGAGGAGGCAGAUGAACUGGACAGGCUGGUGACGGCAAAGACAGAGUCGGUGCAGUAUGACCACCCCAACCACACAGUCACCGUGACCACCAUCAGUGACCUGGACCUCUCAGGGGCCCGGCUGCUGGGACUGUCUCCACCUGAGGGGGCUGGGCACGGGUCCGAGGAAGAGGCGUCCUCUGUGGAGAAGCCGACCAGAGCCUUACCCAGGAAGUCCAGAGGCCCCCUCCUGUCCCAGCGGAUCUCCGCUCUCACGGCGUCACUGCACGCACACAGUCGCAAAAAGACCAAGAGGAAACGUCCCCGACAGGCCCAAGACUCCACCAAGAAGCCCCCGAGUGCCACUCGUACCAGCAAGACCCAGCGCCGCCGGCUGACGGGCAAAGCCCGGCACAGCGUAGAGUGAGCCCCGAGAACCAGGCCGUGCCCAGUCCUGUGCUGUGUCCGCCUGGCUGGCCCGGUAACGCAACACCGAGGUGGGGUGACUCUGCGGCCCACGGCAGGGAGGCCAGCACCUCUGGCCCGAGCUUGCUCCCUGGCAGGGGCAGACAGCUGAGAGGUGACUCCCCCCAGGAGGAGCCUUCAGAGCCGAACCUGGGGCAUCUUCCCAAAUGUCUCCCCCACUGAGCCUUCAUCAGAUUUGUGAAACUGA